AGGAAAAAAUAUAUUUGGUAAAAAUGACUGCAAUACCCCGUGUAGAUAUUGAUAGGCCCAAAUAUGAUCAGAGCACAUAUUUGGGGCGUGUCAAGCAUUUCAUUCUGGUCACGAAUCCGCUGAACGUCUUCGCCUCCAAUGCGGAGCUGGAGAGGGCGCGUCAGAUCGUCAUCAAGUAUCGGGCCGGCAAGGAGGUGCCCGAGGCCAGUUCGCUGGAGGAUAUAUGGAAGGCCAAGUAUCUGUACGAUUCGGCAUUUCAUCCGGAGACGGGCGAGAAGCAGCUCAUCGUUGGACGCAUGUCCGCCCAGAUGCCGAUGAAUAUGCUUAUCACGGGCUGCAUGAUGACCUUCUACAAAACAACGCCGGCGGUCGUCUUCUGGCAAUGGUUCAAUCAAACGUUCAACGCGAUUGUCAACUACACGAAUCGCUCGGGCACAUCUCCAAUUAGUCAAUCACAAUUGUUGACCUCCUACUGCCUGGCCACGAGCGGCGCGCUGGGCACGGCGCUCAGCCUGAACCGUGCGGUGAAGAACAUGAAUCCUCUGAUCGGGCGCCUGGUGCCGCUGGUCGCCGUCGCAGCCGCCAAUUGCAUCAACAUUCCUUGCAUGCGGAUGCAGGAGCUGCGCAACGGAGUCAGUCUGGUGGACGAGAAGAAUCAAGAGGUCGGCAUCUCCAAGAAGGCCGCCUUUGUGGGCAUCUCCGCUGUGGUGGUCAGUCGCAUUGCCAUGGCCAUGCCCGGAAUGACCUUGACGCCUCUGCUGAUGGAGAAGCUGGAGAAGCGCGGCUUCCUCAAGAGAUAUCCGCGUGCCAAUGCGCCGAUCCAAACGCUUUUCUGUGGCUUUGUUCUGCUCUUUGCCACGCCCCUGGGCUGUGCAUUCUUCAGCCAGCGGGCGGCCAUCAAGGUGGACUCCCUGGAGGCGGAAGUGCGCGAUUCCAUCAAGAAGAAGCGUCCCGAACUGGACACAGUGUGGUACAACAAGGGCUUGUAAGUCGGCAAAAUUUUCAUUGUAGUUGAAGUAAAAAUUUUUAGUGAUUUUUGUGAGUUUUGUGGUGGACAAUACCCUUUAUCUUAGGACUUGUUUAUUAACUCAACAUGCAUUUAAUAUAUUUUUAAGCAUUAAAAUAUCGUUAUUUCUGUGUUACGGUAAAUAUUGUCUCUUUUAGUCAGAACAUAAGAAUUUAUGUGAAUUAGUCAAAUAUUGCAACAAUUAACUCAAAGCGUGUGUUUAUAUCAAUGAAGCAUUA